GGAAGGCAGACAAGCAUACCAAAGGCGAAGAACAAGGCAUGGCUCUAAGGUGCUUGUGUAGACUGCAGCCUGUGGCACUCCAUUUCCGAACAGCAACAUCAUUGGGACCGCAGAGAAGUGCUUUAGCAGUAAAAUCGCAAGAACAUUCUAUAGCCUUUAUAAGUAGGCACCUUGCUACUAAGAAAAGUAAAGCCAAAAGUAAAGGACAAGUUCAAGCAAGAGUAAAUCUAAAUGCUGCCCUUGUUGAAGACAUUAUUAACCUGGAAGACGUGAAACAAGAAAUGAAAAGCAUACUGGAGAAUCUUAAAGAGGAUUUUACUAAAAACUUAAGUAUUCGAACUUCCCCAGGUGCAUUUGAUCACAUUACAGUAACCACAAAAGAUGGCAAAUUUCCAUUAAACCAGCUUGGACAAAUCUCCCUGAAGUCCCCUCAGCUUUUUAUAAUUAACAUGGCUAGUUUUCCAGAGAGUGCAACAGCAGCUGUGAAUGCAUUAAGAGAUAGCCAAAUGAACUUAAAUCCAGAACUUGAUGGAACAAUUAUUAGAGUUCCAGUUCCUCAGGUAACGCGGGAACACAGAGAAAAUUUAACAAAACUUGCAAAACAACUUACCAACAAGGCCAAGGACUCCCUACGCAAGGCUCGUACAGGGGCAGUACAGGAAGUAAAAAAAUGCAAGGAGGGAGUGUCAGAAGACAUAGUAAAACUGUUGGAAAAGCAGAUACAACAAAUGGCAGAUGACAUAGCAACUGAACUCGACAAACAGCUGGCCACCAAGACAAAAGAACUUUUGGCUUAAGAUAUUUACACUCUAGUGAACAGAAUCUUGUUGCUUAACAUGACUCUGAUUGGAAGAAUUUAAAUGUAAGCACUUGCAAGCUAUGCUAUUUUGCAAUAAAAAUAUGUUUCAUAGUGAAA